AAAUUCAAAGAUCAAACUCAUCGAAAUUGUUGAAUUCCACCACAAAUAAAUAAAUAAAUACAUUUGUUUAGGCCCUACCUAGCCUACUAAUCUUGAAACAAUUAUUGAAACCCAGCCAAAUUUGUGUAAACCAUUUAAUUAGUGACGUCGAAGCUAGUUGAAAUCAUGUAAUCAAUUUAAUUUUUUUCAAAAAAAUCGAUUUAACUUGAUUGCAUAGAAAAGUAUAACCACAUCAGCAGAAGGAAAGAAGAAGACGAAUGUGAAGGCUCAGCUAUGGAGGCAUCAUCACUUCCGCCAUGCUCGAUUACCUUCUUGCUGCUGCUGCUGCUAACCAUAACUGUUACCGUUAAUGCUGAUAGCUUAAGCCGACGCGCUCUGCUGGCUAACGGCCUCGCCGCUACUCCGCCUAUGGGGUGGAAUAGUUGGAACCAUUUCAACUGUUUUAUUGAUGAGAAGAUGAUUAAAGAAACUGCUGAUGCUCUUAUCUCAACUGGCCUUGCGAAUCUCGGAUAUAAAUUCGUUAACAUUGAUGAUUGCUGGGCUGAAAUCUCUCGGGACGAUAAGGGUAAUCUAGUGCCUAAGAAUUCCACAUUUCCUUCUGGUCUCAAGGCUUUGGCUGACUACGUCCAUAGCAAGGGACUUAAGUUGGGAAUAUACUCCGAUGCUGGCUAUUUCACUUGUAGCAAUAAAAUGCCUGGUUCACUUGGGCAUGAGGAGCAAGACGCCAAAACCUUUGCUUCAUGGGGCAUAGAUUAUCUCAAGUAUGAUAACUGUAACAACGAUGGAUCAAAGCCACUAGUCAGAUAUCCUGUCAUGACAAGAGCUCUCAUGAAUGCUGGCCGCCCUAUUUUUUUCUCGCUAUGUGAAUGGGGAGAUAUGCACCCGGCCUUGUGGGGUGCUAGCGUGGGAAACAGUUGGAGAACCACAAACGACAUUGCUGAUAAUUGGGACAGCAUGAUCUCUCGAGCAGACCAGAACGAGGUCUAUGCAGAUUAUGCCAGACCGGGUGGCUGGAAUGACCCUGACAUGCUUGAGAUUGGCAAUGGAGGAAUGACCAAAGAUGAGUAUAUAGUCCAUUUCAGUUUAUGGGCAGUUUCCAAGGCUCCACUUCUUAUUGGUUGUGAUGUGAGAAAUGUGAGUAAAGAAACAAUGGAAAUCAUAUCAAAUAAGGAGGUGAUCGACGUUAACCAAGAUAAGCUAGGUGUUCAAGGGAAGAAGGUCAGAAUGGAGGGAGAUCUAGAGGUGUGGGCAGGGGCUCUUUCUGGGUACAGAGUAGCGGUGGUGCUGCUGAACCGGGGGGCAGUGCGUAGGGUGAUGACUGCUCGUUGGGACGACAUCGGCAUCCCUCCGAGCAGCACUGUGAUUGCAAGAGACCUCUGGCAGCACAAGACAUUGAAGCAAAGAUUUGUGGAUAUAUUGACAGCAACAGUGGAUUCUCAUGCAUGCAAGAUGUACAUACUCAAGCCCAUUUCUUGAGGGAUAAUAUGCCAUUUUGUGUGUAAGAGUUGCUUUUAAUAAGGGCUUCCCACAAACAUUUUUAUCAAACAAAUAACUAGUAUUAUUUCGGCGUGUUUAUGUGGGAUCAUUAUCAUUUACUCAAA